AUGAGGCGUCCGGUGCGAGCGUGCGGUGGGGAAUUGAGGCGUUAUGGUCCGAGAUAUAUGUAUAUCUCUCUUUCUCUCUCUCUCUCUCUCUUUUCUAGGCAUCUUUUAACUAGUUACUGUUCCUCCUCCGAGAAUAUCCUCCCUUCCUCUUGUUUCGUCUGUGGUUCUUCCUUCUUCUUCCGUUUGUAUCCAGAGGCUGUAAGCGACGCAUUCUUGGCGUGGAGGAGCUCGUUUGUGAUGUUAGGCACCUCAAUGUGCUUGGUGAAUGUCUUGUUGAGCCUGGAAUGCAUCGGUUACACUUUGUAA